AUGUUGCUGCAUGGAGAACCCACACCAGUGAACUUGGGAAUCCUUAAAGGAUUCUGCAGGGAAGCAUCCGUUGCAGAUAUUGUGUUCCUGGUGGAUUCUAACCUAACCCCAGAAAAAUCUCAAAAUGUUCAAGACUUCUUGUCGACUUUGGUCAAUGGCCUUAACAUUGGCAAAGAUCAAAUCAGAGUAGGCCUGGUCCAAUAUAGCAACACAUCCAGUACAGAGUUUUCUCUCAGUACUUAUCCACACAAAGAAGAUGUACUGAGGCAUAUCAAGAGACUGAAGUUCAAACAUGGUGAUGCCCAAACUGGUCGGAGCUUGCGGUUUGUGCUAGAAAACCUCUUCCAGGAAGUGGCAGGAAGCCGGAUACGCCAAGGGGUCCCCCAAAUUGCUGUGCUAAUCACAGAUGAACCGGCGCAGGAUGACAUCAAAGGGCCAGCCAGUGCUCUCAGGAAGGCAGGUGUCCUGCUGUACACCAUUGGCCUCCAAGGCGCUGUUCUUUCUGAGCUCAGGGAGAUGGCGAGCGAUCCUGAUGACAAGUUUGUCUUUAUGGUGACUGAUGCCUCCCCGCUAGGAGACCUUUCCCAGAACGUGUUGCUGGCACUCUGCACCACAAUAGUGGAAGUGACUCAACAGGGCUCCCAAGUCUCUGCAGCCUGCAGAAAAGCAGCCGUAGCUGACCUGGUAUUCUUGGUGGACAGCUCCACGAGUAUCGGCCCGGAGAACUUCCAGAAAGUGAAGAGCUUCCUCUACUCCCUGGUGUUGGGCCUUGAGAUCGGCAGGGACCAGGUCCGAGUGGGGCUGGCCCAGUUCAACGAUAACAUCUACAAGGCAUUUCUGCUCAAUCAGUUUCCUCGGAAGAGCGAUGUGCUUGAGCAGAUACUGAGUCUCCCUUACCGGACUGGGGGGACUCGAACUGGGAGUGCCUUGAACUUUCUCAGGACUGAAUUUUUCACCGAAUCAGCAGGCAGCAGAGCCAAGGACAACGUCCCCCAGAUAGUGAUCCUGGUGACGGAUGGGGAGUCCAAUGAUGAGGUGGCAGAGGCAGCCAGCAAGCUGAAGGGGCAAGGGGUGUCCAUCUAUGUGGUGGGAAUCAACGUCCAGGAUGUCCAGGAGUUGAAGACAAUAGCAAGCAAGCCCUUAGAGAAGUUCCUUUUCAGUAUUGAAGAUUUCAAUAUCCUUGAGGGUCUCUCUGGCAACAUUCUUCCUACCCUGUGCUCAGCAGUAGAGAAUCAGAUCCAAGCGUUUACCAAGUCCUAUGCUGAUGUGGUCUUCCUUGUGGAUACCUCAGAGGGCACAUCAUCAGUCAGUUUCAAUCAGAUGAAAGAUUUUAUUUGCAGAGUCAUUGACACAUUGGAGGUUGGGCGUGACAAGGACCAAAUUGGACUGGCCCAAUAUGGUAAUCAGGGUCAUGUUGAAUUUUUACUCAACGCCUACCAGAACCCAGUUGAGAUGAUCUCCCACAUCCAGCAGAAUUUUCUACCCCGAGGGGGUGCCAGGAAGACGGGAAAUGGCCUCCAGUAUAUACAGGAGACUUUUUUCCAGGAGGAGGCAGGAAGUCGCUUCCUCCAGGGCAUCCCUCAGUAUGCAGUAGUCAUCACAUCUGGCCAAUCAGAAGACUUGGUCUUGGAAAAGGCUCAGAAGCUUAAGGAGAGGGGAGUGAAAAUAAUGGUGGUUGGUAUACAGGAUUUUGAUAGUAGAGAACUGAAGGCUAUGGCCACUCCUCCUCUUGUGUUUGAGAUUGAAGGACAAGAUGGCAUUAGGCAACUUCAUCAGGGUGUGAGCCUGGUGUUUGGAAGUUCUGGCCAGCGGCACCUCAGUCCUGAGAUGGGUGAAGAAACCUUAGCAGUGUGCACAAGUGCUUCCUUGGCUGACAUUGUGUUUCUUGUUGAAGCAUCAAGCAGAAUUGGGUUAGAAAAUUUCCAGCUAGCUGUAGAGUUACUGAGGAAAAUUAUUCAUACUCUAAUUAUUGGCCCCAACAAGGUUAGAGUUGGCUUGGUGCUUUAUAGUGAUGAGCCCAGGCUUGAGUUUGGCCUGAACACAUUUCUGAGCCAAUCAGAAAUCUUAAGCCACUUGAACAAGUUGCCAUUCAUAGGUGGCAAGACCAAGACAGGAGCUGCUUUGGACUUCCUCAGGAACACAGUAUUUACUCAACAGAAGGGAAGUCGGUACAGACAAGGAGUACAACAACUUGCUGUAGUCAUCACAGAAGGCUAUUCCCAGGAUGAGGUGGACAGGCCAGCUUCUCUCCUCCGACGGGCUGGGGUCACUGUCUUUGCUGUGGGCACUUUGAAAGCUUCAGGAAGCAGAGACCUGAACAAAAUAGCAUCCCACCCACCUCGGAAGCAUGCCAUCUACCUGGAAUCAUUCCUGCAGCUCUCAGUGAUCACGGAAAAGAUAAAGAAACGUGUAUGCACAGAGAUUGUGCAGAAAACCUUUUCUGUUCCAGUGAUGACCCGUACCCUGCAAGAAGGCUGUGUUAGCACCGAGGAAGCCGAUUUCUAUUUCCUCAUCGACGGCUCAGGCAGCAUAAACCACGAUGACUUUGCAGAGAUGAAGACGUUCAUGAUUGAGCUGAUAAGCACGUUCCGGGUUGGUGCAGACCAUGUGCGGUUUGGGGUUGUCCAGUACUCCGACUCUCCCACAGUGGAGUUUGACAUCAGACAGCACAGCAGUGUGGCCCAGCUGAAGAGUGCCAUCACAAAGAUCUGGCAAACUGGAGGUGGCACCCGCACUGGAGAAGCCCUGACGUUCAUGAAGCGUCUCUUUUCGGAGGUUGCCAGGGACAAAGUCUUGCGUUUUCUCAUUGUGAUCACAGAUGGGCAGUCUCAGGACCAAGUGGCCCAGGCGGCGGAGGAACUGAGGCAGGAAAACAUCACCAUCUAUGCCAUUGGUGUCAAAUCUGCCGUCACCAAAGAGCUCCUUGAAAUCUCUGGCUCACAAAAUAGGAUGUUUUUUGUGAAUGACUUUGAUUCCUUAAAGCCUAUUCAGCAAGAAGUCAUACAGGACAUCUGCUUCUUAGAGGUAUGUAAGGGUAUGAAAGCUGACAUUCUCUUCUUGGUUGAUGGCUCUGAGAGAAUCAACACCAGAGACUUUGACAAGAUGAAGGAAUUCAUGAUGCAGAUGGUAAACAAGUCAGAUCUUGGCCCUGAGAAAGUACAGAUUGGCCUCUUGCAAUUCAGUUCAAACCCCCAGGAAGAGUUUCGUCUCAAUACCUACUACUCCAAGGUGGACAUUCUUAGGGCCAUCACUGGUAUGGUACAGAUUCGAGCAGGUGCCCGAGUGGGGAGUGCCCUAUCCUUCAGUUUGCCUUACUUUGAGAGGUCAAGAGGAGGAAGACUUAAUGUACCCCAGUAUUUGAUCAUAAUUAUUAGUGGGAAAACUGGGGAUGCUGUGAAAAUGCCUGCUAAGGCCCUAAGAGAUAAAGGAAUCAAGAUUUUUGCCAUUGGGGUACAUAAGGCCAACAACUCCCAGCUGCUGGAAAUCACAGGUGCCCAAGACAAGGUGUAUUAUGAGGAAAACUUCGAUUCUCUCCUUUUCUUGGAGAAACAGAUAUUUUUUAGGUUCUGCAAUAUGGAGGAAGAAUGCAACGUCGAUAUCUCAGUAGGACUUGACACUUCCAAUUCAAUAAGGCUGGUACAGCAGACAUUUCAGCGCUUGCUGCCAAACCUGAUGCAAAGACUGACCCUGCUAUCCAACAUCAGUUGCAUUACCAGCACACCACUCAAUAUCAGACUACGCUAUCAUAUUCCUGCUCCUGAUGGCCAGAUUCGGUUUGACUCUGGUUUUGAGAAGUACAAUGAAGGCAUCAUCCAGAAGUUCAUUGAUCAGCAUGACUUGGUGAACAACUAUAUGAAUGUAGCUUUUGUGCAGUCCCUUGGGGAGAAGGCCAUCAAUUUGGCUUCUGCUAAAGUGAAGGUUCUCUUAGUGUUUACAGAUGGACUGGAUGAUGAUUUGGAAAGACUAAAAGAAGCAUCAGAGUUUCUUCGUGGCCAAGGUCUUCAUGCACUUAUAUUAGUUGGCUUGCAAAGUGGACAGAAUUUAGAAGAACUCCAGGCCAUUGAAUUUGGCAGAGGAUUUGGUUAUAAACAACAUCUGAGUAUCACAAUGAAUGCUCUUCCAAGCCUUUUGCUGAGGCAACUUGACACAGUUGUUGAAAGAGAAUGCUGUAAGGUCAAUUGCAAAUUUUUGGGAGAAUCUGGUAACUCAGGAGUAAAAGGGAGUCCUGGGAGGAAGGGAGAGAUAGGUUUUAAUGGGAUGCCUGGCUAUCCUGGUGAUGACGGUAGAUCUGGGGAAAGAGGAUUUGUUGGCUUGCCCGGACCUCGUGGUGAAGGAGGAUGCCCAGGUAUAAGAGGGCUUAAGGGAUCAAGAGGAUUUGAAGGAGACAAGGGCAUCCAGGGUGAUUACGGAAUAGAUGGGUGGAAUGGAGAACAGGGUGAACGUGGCAGGUCUGGAAUGUCUGGAGAAAAAGGAAAUGCAGGAAAUCAGGUGAAAUUUGUUUAUAUGGGUUUGAGGGGCCCUUCAGGAGAGCCUGGUGAACCUGGAAGUCCUGGUCUGAGAGGAGAGCCUGGAGAACCUGGUGCUGAUAAUAAUAUUCGGGGUCCUAAGGGAGAAAAAGGAAAACCGGGUCGUCAGGGCAAAUUUGGGCUCCGCAAUGAAGGAGGCAUGCCUGGUGAACGAGGUUCUGAUGGUUUGCCUGGAGAAAUUGGUACACAUGGUUACAAGGGAGCUUCUGGGCAUCCAGGCUUGCAGGGUCCAAGAGGCCAGCAAGGACCACCAGGAAUGUUUGGACAACAGGGUUUACCGGGAUCCCAGGGGGAUCCUGGGCUGAGUGGACCAGUUGGUUCUAAAGGGGGCGAAGGGCCAAGAGGAGAGAAGGGAGAUCUUGGUAACCCAGGAGAAAAAGGCCUCAGAGGACCAGGAGGACCAAGAGGACAGCCUGGUAUAGAUGGCAGUGAUGGGUAUGGCCUUCCAGGAAGAAAAGGAACCAAGGGUGAAUUUGGCUUCCCUGGAUACCCUGGUGCACAAGGGGAAGAUGGUGAUAAAGGCCAACCAGGAAACCAGGGACCAAAGGGAUUUCCAGGGAAGAGGGGAAAUUCUGGCAUGCCUGGGCCAAAAGGAUCACCAGGAGAUCCAGGGCCACCUGGGCCAAUGGGCACCAAGGGGUCGAAGGGUAUUACAGACAUGUUGCCUUGCAACAUUGUUGACUUCGCACGAGAAAAUUGCCCUUGUUCAUCGAAUAAAGCUCAAUGUCCAGUGUUCCCAACUGAGGUGGUCUUUGCUCUGGACAUGUCUGAAGGUGUUACAGAGUCAGAAUUUGAGAGGAUGAGGGACAUUUUGCUGUCAUUGCUAAGAAGGAUCAGCAUCAGCCAAAACAAUUGUCCAACUGAUGCCCGGGUCGCCAUUGUUUCAUACAGUGCCAAAACACAUUACCUGAUUCGCUUCUCCGACUUCCAUAAUAAGAAUCAACUCCUUCAAGCCAUCAUGAACAUACCUCUAGAGCAUUCCUUGGGCCAGCGGGACCUUGGCAGUGCCAUGAGUUUUGUGGCAAGAAAUGUCUUCAAACGUGUGCGCAAUGGCAUCCUGCUGAGGAAAGUUGCCAUAUUUUUUGUGGCAGGUCCAUCCUCUGAUGUUGCUUCUAUUAACACAGCCAUGCUGGAGUUUGAUGCCCUGCACAUUUCCUCCAUUAUCGCCUUCACUGAUGAUCCCCUCCUACAACAUGCUUUGUCGAUUGAUGAUACCAGGAAGACUAAGAUGUUUGUUUGGGAAAAUAAGGAUGCUGAGGUGGUGGAGCAUGUAGCCUACUGCAUUUUUUGCUACGAUCAGUGCAAAGCAGACGAGGAAUGUGAAGCGACCAGCCCUAAGCCCAUCCUGGUGGACAUGGACAUAGCCUAUGUGUUGGAUGGCUCUUCCAGGGUCACAGACGACAUGUUCAAUGCAGCCAAAAGCAUGAUGGUCUCCAUGCUGAAUCACUUUGUCAUUGCUUCCCAUCCUGAGACCCCCUCUGCUGGGGCCAGGGUGGCCCUGGUACAGCAGACGGUCCCAGGCUUUUCCCCUUAUGAAGGCAGGCUCCCGGUCAAAAAGGAGUUUGACCUCUUCAUGUACAGUCGCCCAGAGCAGAUGCUGAGGCACAUACAGGAGACUGUCCACCCACUCCAAGGGCCCCCUUACCUGGGCCAUGCCCUAGAGUGGACCAUGGAGAAUAUCUUUCCGACACCUCCCCUCCAGAGGAAGAACCGGGUUCUCUUUGUGAUCCUGGGAAGUGACACAAGUCCCUUGGACAGGGAGAAGCUGAGAAGGAUCUCCCUGGAAGCCAAGUGUGAAGGCUUCAUCAUUUUUGUCGUGGGCUUGGGCAAAGAAGUCAACAUGGAAGAGUUGUCCAAGCUGGCCAGCUUCCCGCCUCAGCAGCAUGUGCUGCACUUGGCUGAGAUUUCCCGUUAUGGAAUGGAUUAUGGCCAGGGGUUCAUCCGUGCCUUCCUGAAUCUUCUGAAAAGGGAGACAAACCUAUAUCCACCUCCUAUGCUUGUAGAGGAUUGUGAGGGACUGAAUCGAGGAGACAUCCGGAGACAGGCAGCCUUGACUCAGAGACUGAACUUUAUCAGGUUCAGGUUCAAUGAGUCGGACCCCAGAAGUCAGAAGAUACUUAAGAUGAGGGGCCCUUCUCCAAGAGUGAGGGGAAGAAUUUCUAAAAUCACCAAAACUGGUCGUGAAGACAUUGAGUAUCAUCAUAGACAUGAAAAAAAGGUCGUGGAAACCCCACACAAGACAGAAGAAACUGGAGAUGAAACCACCAUCCUUGAUCCUUGUUCCAUGGCUAAGGAUGCUGGGGUAUGCCGGAAAUAUGACUUGAAGUGGUACUAUCAUCAGGACGGGCACAGCUGCCAGAAGUUCUGGUAUGGUGGCUGUGGUGGCAACUCAAAUAGAUUUGAUACCAAGGAAGACUGUGAGUCCCGAGGGGAGGCUAAGGAGCUGGAGUCGGAAGACCUCGGUUCCGAUUCUGCUUCUUCCAUCUACUGGUUUUGUGAUCACCGGCAAGUCAUGUUUGCCUCCCCGGGCCUCGGUUUCCAUCUGUAA